AUGGUAACACAAGCGGCUGGAGGAGACGGGCGCUCGCAAAGCAGGCCUCUUGACGAGAGCGAUGCUGCGCCCACGCCGCCGGGCGCCGGGGGAGACGAUGCCGGCGCAGCGGCCGCCAAGAAAAGGAAACUGGCAAGCACCGCCCGCGGUGUCGCGAACUUAACGCCGGAGCAGCUCGCCAAAAAGCGUGCCAAUGAUCGCGAGGCGCAGAGGGCUAUUCGCGAGCGCACAAAGAACCAGAUUCAAACUCUGGAGCGCCGCGUCGAGGAGCUCACCAGCCUGCAACCGUACCAGGAAUUGCAAGCGGCUAUAGAGGCCAAGGCAGUUCUCGAGAGGGAGAAUGCCGAUAUUCGCCAGCGGCUCGCCUCUGUUGUCAGCAUGUUGCAGCCUCUCAUCGGCCAGCUUCCAGAGACCGUGGCUCCUUCUACAGAGCAGCAUACAAAACGCAGCACCCGGGAGACUGCAGAACCGGACAGACGGACACGAUCACCCGCAGGCCAGCAAAGCGCCAGUUCCGGGACAAGCACGCUUCACGCCAACGGCCACGCCGCGCAGAGCGACCUCGACCAGCAGCGGGAGCAGCUUCGCCACGGACUCGCGAUGGGCCCUGAACGUCUCGGUCUCGGCUUCCUGCUCGACGCCAGCCACCAGGUCUCGCGCAUCCCGGGCUCCUCGGGCUCCUCCGCCGCCACGGGCCCAGGAGCCGUCGACACGCCGUCUACGUACCGCUAUCCCGCGCCGGCUCCCCGGCAAGGCUCCGUCGCUCCCAGCAGCAACAGCAGCAGCGGCGCCAUCUCGCCCGGCCCAUCCUCAUCCUCAACCCACCCGUCAGUGCCAUCAUCUUACAACAACAGCGCGUUCCCCUCUGGCUAUCCCUACCAGGGCCCGGACGCGAGCGCCGACCGCGCCGACAACGCCAGCAACGCCGACGAGACCAUUGUCGCGCCCAGCAGCAGCAGCGGCGGCGGCGUCCCGCGGUACGCCGCCCCCGUGCGCACCACGCCGCCCACGUGCCCGCUCGACUCGCUGCUCCUCGACUUUUUGCAGGAGCGGCGGCAGCGCGCCGCCGAGGGCCUGCCGGCGCACGAGGUCCUCGGCCCGCGGUACCCGUCCGUCUCAUCGCUCCUCAACCCCGCGAACAGCGCCUACGCCCACCCUCUGUCCCGCGUCUUCACCGACAUCCUCGCCAAGUUCCCAGACCUCUCGGGCCUGCCUGAGCGCGUCGCCGUGCUGUACAUCAUGUUCCUCGUCAUGCGCUGGCAGGUUGCGCCCACGCGCGAAAACUACGAGCGCCUGCCGCCCUGGGCGCGGCCCCUGCGCGCGCAGCUGCUCACCCCGCACCCGGCGUGGGUGGACCAUUUACCCUUUCCGCGCAUGCGCGAGGCGCUCGUCAAGGGCCACAGCUCGGGCGCGUACCCGUUUGAGCACUUUUUCAUCCCGUACACGACAACGCUGACGCUGUCGUGGCCGUACCACGACACGGACACGCUCCUGCAGAGCCCCCACUCGGAGGAGCUGAUGAUCAAUCCAGUGUUUGAGCGGCAUCUGAGGAAGCUGGAGAACUGGAAGCUGGGCGAGGCGUUUGCGCGGGCGUUUCCGGGGCUGGCGGACACGGGCAACGUGCCAGAGGGUGACCUGGUGGCGGCGAGGGCCAAGACGGCGACGACGACGAAAGGGAGGAUAUAA